UGUUUGAAGACGUCAUUGAUGUUCACAAUAAUAUGUUUGCAUUGUUUGCGGCAUUUGUUUCAACAAACAAACAAACGAAACGUUUUUUGAUUGCAAUUCCUAUUAAUAAUGAAUCGAUUUAUUGAUUAAUUGAUUGUCAAUUGAAUUGAUGUCCAAUUGAAGAGAUGUACGGCAGAGACGAUGAUGAGGACCAGUUAGCCGAAGAAGAGUCACUGGAGAUAACAUCAGAUGUAUGGCAAGAAGCAUGUUGGAUUGUCAUCAGCUCUUAUUUCGAUGAAAAAGGUCUCGUCAGACAACAACUCGACUCUUUCGAUGAAUUCAUUCAGAUGUCUGUCCAAAGGAUUGUCGAAGACUCGUCGGCCAUUGAAUUACAGGCCGAGGCUCAGCACGCAUCGGGUGAGGUGGAGAAUCCUCCGCGAUAUGUCCUCAAGUUUGAACAAAUCUAUUUGUCUAAACCAACCCAUUGGGAGAAAGACGGCGCCCCCACACCUAUGAUGCCAAAUGAGGCCCGACUUAGAAAUCUGACGUAUUCGGCGCCACUCUAUGUCGAUAUAACCAAAACUAUCAUCAAAGAAGGCGAUGAUCCCAUCGAAACGCAACACCAAAAGACAUUUAUCGGCAAAAUACCGAUUAUGUUGCGAUCAACUUAUUGUCUGUUAAGUGGUCUCACUGAUCGAGAUUUGACAGAAUUGAAUGAGUGUCCAUUAGAUCCGGGCGGCUAUUUCAUUGUCAAUGGUUCCGAAAAAGUUCUUAUAGCUCAAGAAAAGAUGGCCACCAAUACUGUGUAUGUCUUCUCUUUGAAAGACUCUAAAUUUGUGUAUAAGGCUGAGUGUCGGUCGUGUAUUGAGCACUCCUCCCGACCCACGAGUACUCUAUGGGUCAAUAUGUUGUCUCGCGGUACACAAGGAUCUAAAAAGACGGCGAUUGGCCAAAGAAUUAUCGCUAUUAUUCCUUAUAUUAAACAAGAGAUUCCGAUUAUGAUUGUCUUCAGAGCACUGGGUUUUGUGGCCGAUCGAGAUAUUCUCGAACAUAUUAUUUACGAUUUCGAAGACCCAGAGAUGAUGGAAAUGGUUAAGCCAUCGCUUGACGAAGCAUUUGUAGUACAAGAGCAGAACGUUGCUCUUAAUUUCAUUGGUGUUCGGGGCGCUCGACCCGGUGUUACCAAAGAAAAGCGUAUCAAAUAUGCGCGAGAAAUCCUUCAAAAGGAAAUGCUUCCACACGUCGGCGUCAGUGACUUCUGUGAAACGAAAAAAGCUUAUUAUUUAGGAUAUAUGGUUCACAGGCUAUUGUUGGCAGCACUCGGUAGACGAGAGCUCGACGAUCGCGAUCACUACGGAAACAAACGACUAGAUUUGGCCGGACCUCUGUUGGCCUUUUUGUUUAGAGGAUUAUUCAGAAAUCUCACUAAAGAAGUCAAAAUGUAUGCACAGAAGUUCAUCGACAGAGGAAAAGAUUUCCAGUUAGAGUUAGCCAUCAAAACGCGUAUUAUAUCCGAUGGUCUUCGCUAUUCAUUAGCGACAGGCAAUUGGGGCGAUCAGAAAAAGGCACAUCAGGCCAGAGCCGGUGUCUCGCAAGUAUUGAAUCGUCUAACAUAUGCGUCCACUCUUUCACAUUUACGACGCGUCAAUUCGCCGAUUGGAAGAGACGGAAAGUUGGCCAAACCUCGACAAUUGCAUAACACUUUGUGGGGUAUGAUUUGUCCCGCAGAGACACCAGAAGGUCAUGCCGUCGGACUCGUCAAAAAUUUAGCACUUAUGGCAUAUAUAUCUGUCGGUUCCCAGCCGUCACCAAUUCUUGAAUUUUUAGAAGAAUGGUCAAUGGAAAAUCUCGAAGAGAUUGCUCCGUCGGCUAUAUCAGAGGCCACCAAGAUUUUUGUCAACGGCUGUUGGGUUGGAAUACAUCGUGAACCUGAUCUCUUGAUGAACACAUUGCGAAAAUUGAGGCGUCAGAUGGAUAUCAUUGUCUCUGAGGUAUCAAUGGUUCGCGAUAUUAGAGAUCGUGAAAUCAGGAUCUAUACGGAUGCCGGAAGAAUAUGUCGACCACUUCUUAUUGUAGAAAACCAAAAACUAUUGUUAAAGAAGCGUCACAUAGAGAUGCUUAAGGAAAGGGAGUACAACAGCUACAGUUGGCACGAUUUGGUAGCCUCUGGUGUUGUCGAAUAUAUCGACACACUUGAAGAAGAAACUGUUAUGAUUGCUAUGACUCCUGACGAUCUUCAGGAUAGCGAACUGGCCUAUUGUUCCACAUAUACACACUGUGAAAUUCAUCCAUCAAUGAUAUUAGGUGUCUGUGCAUCUAUCAUCCCCUUCCCUGAUCACAACCAAUCGCCCCGUAAUACAUACCAGUCUGCUAUGGGUAAACAAGCUAUGGGUGUCUAUAUCACCAAUUUUCACGUACGAAUGGACACAUUAGCUCAUGUGCUCUAUUAUCCACAAAAACCUUUGGUCACCACCCGAUCUAUGGAAUACUUGCGCUUUAGGGAACUUCCGGCGGGAAUCAACUCCAUUGUUGCUAUUAUGUCAUAUACUGGCUAUAAUCAGGAGGACUCUGUUAUUCUGAAUGCAUCGGCCAUUGAUCGCGGAUUUUUUAGAUCUGUAUUUUACAGAUCCUAUAAAGAUUCCGAACAGAAACGAAUGGGUGAUAAUGAGGAACAGUUUGAGAGACCCACACGUGACACAUGUCAGAGUAUGAGGAAUGCCAUAUAUGACAAACUUGAAGACGACGGCAUCAUUGCGCCGGGAACUCGAGUUUCAGGCGAUGAUGUUAUCAUUGGUAAGACGGCUUUGUUGCCAGAAAAUGAAGAUGAACUCGAGGGUCAAGUCAAGAGAUAUACCAAACGAGAUGCCAGUACUUUCUUGAGGAACAGUGAGACCGGAAUUGUUGAUCAGGUGAUGAUUACCAUCAAUAACGAAGGCUAUAAAUUCUGUAAAAUACGUGUCCGUUCGGUUCGAAUACCGCAAAUUGGCGACAAAUUUGCCUCAAGACACGGACAGAAGGGUACUUGUGGUAUCACAUAUCGACAAGAAGACAUGCCAUUUACAUGUGAAGGCAUUACACCCGACAUUAUAAUCAAUCCGCACGCUAUUCCAUCUCGUAUGACAAUCGGACAUUUAAUUGAAUGUCUUCAGGGAAAGGUAUCGGCAAAUAAGGGAGAGAUCGGUGACGCCACUCCUUUCAAUGAUACCGUAAACGUGCAAAAGAUCUCAGAUUUGCUUCACGAAUAUAAUUAUCAAUUGCGUGGCUAUGAAGUGAUGUACAACGCCCACACCGGUCGUAAAGUAAGCGCUCAGAUAUUUAUUGGUCCCACUUAUUACCAGAGACUCAAACAUAUGGUCGACGACAAGAUCCAUUCGCGAGCGAGAGGACCCGUACAGAUACUGGUCAGACAACCCAUGGAAGGUCGAGCACGUGAUGGUGGACUACGUUUCGGUGAAAUGGAAAGAGACUGUCAGAUAUCGCACGGCGCCGCACAGUUUCUAAGGGAACGACUAUUUGAAGUAUCCGAUCCCUAUCGCGUUCAUAUUUGUAACUUAUGUGGACUCAUAUGUAUUGCCAAUUUGAGAAACAAUACGUUUGAAUGUAAAAACUGUCGCAAUAAGACACAGAUAUCACAGGUUCGGGUGCCCUAUGCCUGUAAACUAUUGUUUCAGGAACUCAUGUCAAUGCAAAUCGCACCGCGAAUUGUCGUCAAUCCUUGA